AUGAGGUCAGGGUAUGCAGCGUGCAGUCCGGUUACUGUGAAAUCAGGAGACAGAUUCAUCCCCACACGUGCCGGCAGCAACUGGAGCAUAAACUUCCACUAUGCCAAUGAGAACUGUUGGUCACCCAAUCAGAAUCAGCGGGCGAAGGAUGCUAGUACAGACACAGGGAAAGACGCUGUGGCGUAUGCUGCACUGCUAAGGAAUGAGCUGUUGGGAGCAGGAAUCGAAACCGUGCCUGAUCCUCACACGGAUGACCGUCGACACACCAUCCUCAUGCAGGACACACACAGCCUCUUCAGGUACACCAUCCACACAAAGAGAGUGCCUUUUGACAGUGAAAUCUCCCCCUACUCCCUUGCUUUCGCCUAG